AAUAACAGAACCGGAUCAAGAUAUUGUUGGAACACUGAUGGGAUACACUGCUGAAACAGUGGAGGAACUUCUAGGUUUCUACGAAAAACAUGCUAGUGAGGUUGGGUUUUCCAUAAGGAAAGGAAACACGAGAUUCAAAGUUGGGACAAGAAUCGUGCUUGAAAAGACAUAUGUUUGUUCAGCAGCAGGAGUAACAAACAAUGGAAAGAACAAAAAGAAAAAAGUGCAAACAGUUGUUCCUGUGGUGCCCAAAAAAGAGAGAAAACCAAGGCAAGUUUCGAUCACGAGAACUCAAUGUAGGGCUUGCUUGAGAGUGAAAAUGAAUUCUGAAGGCAGAUAUGAGGUUGUUAAUCAUGUGAUAAUGCACAACCAUGAUUUAACUAGAAGUCAAUGGCACUACUUGCAUAGAUCUGAAAGGCAAAUAACGGAAGAGAAGAGGGAGGCAAUUGAAACUAUGCAAAAAUCUGGUCUGUCAUCCACGGCUUCCUUUAACUACAUGGCAAUUGAAGCUGGAGGUGAAGAAAAUUUGGGACACUCGAAGAAAGACCAUCUAAAUUACUGCACGAGGUUAAAAAUGAAGCAAAUAGAAGGAGGUGAUGCACAAGCAGUAACUGACAUAAUGUAUUUAGAGCUUGAAGGUGACCCAAACUUCUUUUUUAGAUUUAGAUUGGAUGAAAAAGGUAAAUUGAGGAGUUUGUUUUGGAGGGACUCUAUGAUGAUGGAAGACUAUGGAAUUUUUGGAGAUAUAGUGGUUUUUGACACGACGUAUAGAACAAACAGGUAUAACCUAAUUUGUGCUCCAAUAGUUGGAAUAAACAACCACUGGAACAAUUGCAUGUUUGGUUGUGCAUUCAUAGGAGAUGAAAAGAUUGAGUCGUUUGUGUGGCUUCUACAAACUUUCAAAAAGUCAAUGGGGGGAAAAAGUCCAAUAUCAAUCUUUACAGAUCAAGAUGCAGCAAUGAACAAUGCCAUCAAUCAGGUCUUUCCAGAUUCAAGACACAGAUUAUGUGUAUGGCAUUUGCAUCAGAAUGCUAUUACCAGAUUUGGGGCAUUGAAACGAGAUCCAACUUUUAAGAAGACAUUCAACUAUUGCUUGUAUAAGUGUGUCACAGUAGUUGAAUUUGAAACCAAUUGGAGAUCAAUGCUGCAACAAUAUGAGCUGAUAGGGGAAGAGUGGUUUACAAAUGUAUACGAUUUGAGAGAAAAAUGGUGCCCUGCGCUAAGCAAAGACUUCUUUUCAGCUGGGAUUUUGUCUUCACAACGAAGUGAAAGCACUAAUCACGCCAUCGGAUUUAGAGCAAACAGAACAACCAGUUUAACUGAUUUCUAUAGAUUGUUCAAAGGUACAAUACAACGUUGGAGAAGUACAGAAAAGCAAGCUGAAUUCUCUUGUAGUAAAUCGGUUCCAUCCUCGGCUUUACCACUAUCUGGAUUGUUGAAACAUGCAUCAGAAGUUUACACGUUGUCACUAUUCAGAGACUUUAAGGAGGAAUUUGGAUAUUCAAUUGCAACAACAGCAAAAUUAAUUUGGAAACAAGAAAAUACUGAGUUCUAUGCUGUUUCCAUUGAUGAAGAACCUUGGUCUGCACAGAGAGUAACAUACAUCCACGAGAGCCAAACAGUAUCAUGUACGUGUAAAAACUUUGAAGCUUCAGGAUGGUUGUGCUACCACUGCAUUAGGAUAUUGCACCUUCAUUCGGUUAACCGGAUUCCAGAAUAG